AGCAAUUUAGCAGAACACCGUUAUUGGUCAGAUGACUAUUGUUUGAAAUAAAAUUAAAUUCUUACGAAUUUCUUUAUUCAGUUAAAACAGAAUCUUCAGAAUUCCUUGCGAUAUAAUCAUUUAUAUGUGUUAACAAUGUUAUGUCAAUUUUUUUCGUGUUCUAUGUAAAUAGGAUGUGAACUGCAUGUGUGCAUAUCCGGGGGGAAAAUGUUGCACUCGAAGGCGACAGCUGCUCUCAUGAGGCUGAAGGAAAUGGACAGGAAAUAUAAUAUAAAACGCAACGAGGGCACAAGAAUACAGAGUAAUGUCAGCACUGAAAGUUCGUUGGAAAAUUCUCCUAGAAGCUCGCAAGUUAAGUCUAAAGCCUUCAAUGGCAAACAAGAUAGUUUAGUGCUGCCAAUUACUGAAGCAAAGAAGGAAAUUAAACCCAAGAUAUCUCCAGUAUCCAAAAUGGAGAUAAAGAUUCCAUUCAUCAAUGCAAAAAAUGAUGAAUCUUCUUCAAUUAACGACAGUACAACCUCGAAGAAAUCUCCUAAGACAUCUUCUAAAACAAGGUCAGAUGUAACAGAAAACGAUGUAAGCAUCGAGAUGCAGGAAGGAAGUUCAAGAUCGAAAGAAUCCCCUAAGAGUCUCUCAAACUUGGAGACUAAUUCCAGAUACAAGGUUUCCAUGAUAGGAUCUGGGGAUUCCCCAAGGAACAACGAUGAUUUCUCAGUCGCUACAGUGCUUUCUAGGUGUUCAGACGAUUCUGAAAUAAUUUCUAAAGCGGUUAAAUCCGUGAACGAGACUUCCUUUAGAAAAAGCAAUGAGGGAUCAAACGAACCGGAAGUAAUGGCGGCCGAGGACAGUGUCCUAUUAUCGAAUGAUGCUGAGUCGACGAUAGAAGAAGAAGCUAUCAAGACAAGCGAAGAAAAGAGUGAAAUUGUCACCGAACAAUCAAACACCAUAAACAAGGAUAUCUCUGUGAGAAAAGUUUCUCUCGAAGAGGAGCAAAAAGCUACGUACGAAGAUGACACUUUUGAAGAAGUUUCCAGCUCCGUUGAAUCAUCCAGUUCUGUGGAAGAGAAAUUGAAGGAUAACUUGGAAGAAGAUACCAUGAUUUCUGGAGUGAAACAGAUCAAAAUUACUCCACAUAGGCAGACAGAGAUUGUCCAAAGGAUGAUCGACGAAGACAAUGGAAUUUGCGUAUCUUAGAGAUAAAGAAAUCGUAGAGCUGAUCGCGCCGAAAAUAAUGCAAAGUACCAGCGAGUGUGAUAUUGGUCUUGACGAGGAACUCUCAAACUACGUGAAAACAACAGAGGACGUCGACGAGACUGUGCCAAUCAAUCUUCUAAAGUUAUCCAAGCAAAUAACAUCGGCGAAGAAGCACGUUCGUCGAAGGAAAUACAGGAAGUUAUCCAACGAAAACACAGAGGAGAGGACUGACUCGUCUGUGGUUUCUGAACACGAGAGAUUAACAGAACGCAAAGAAAAUAGCGUGGAGUCUUUUACAUCCACAAAAAGUGUAAAAAAUGGUAGGAAGAAUCAGAAGGAAACUUGCUCACCGACUGACCACCACAAAGGAAAAUAUAUUAAUAAAAUAGCAGCUGGGAAAUUAAAAAGUGAGAUAGACGAUGGCAGUCCAGAGACGGAUCUUAGUGAAGACAAAUUUCUAAGGGAGACUCCGAAACAAUCUGACGUCACUAGUACACUAAGAAAACUGAAUAACGAUGCAAUUAACGCCAUAGUUAAGAGGAACAGAGUCCAAGCGUUUGUUGAAGCUCCAAACAAAUUCAGAUCCUGUAAAAAUUGUGGAACCAUAGUGAAGCUUCCAUCCGCAGGUGCAGCCAAUAAUGCUGUGGAUUAUGACGGCGACGAUUCGUCUCUAGAAAAUUUUAAAACGGGCAAGAAUCCCAGUCAUGAUCGAAAAAUGAAACAGAAGAAGGCCAAAUGCAAGAAAGUAUCAAAGUCAUCGAAGAGUCGAAAAUCAAAUUGUGGCAAAAUAGAUGGGAAACACUCGAGAUUCGAUUGCAGGCAAACACAUCGUUUGCGAAAGCAGGCAGCAGCAAUCAGAUUGCAACAAGAACGUGAUGAUAUCCGUAACUACUUGAUGGAGCUGGAACACACGCGAUUAGAAUUUGAUCCGGGCACGAUGUUCUCUCAACUGUCUGCCUUCAAACCGCUUGAAUUUCCAAAAAUUGCCGCGUUUACGAAAUCUGAUGUGAAGAGUUCGAAAAUCAAGGCCAAAGAUGAGAUUGCUGAGCUACAAGAAAAAAUAGUGACGAUAAGGCAGUGGCUGAAGGAUCAAUACAUUCUUUACAGAGAUUAUAGUAGCCUAGCACAGACAGUAAACUCAAAAUAUAUUCCUGCCAGCCUGGAGGAUGCAAAAAGGAUACAAGUUUACAUAACAAUUUUUCACGUCGUGCCAUUGUACGGUGCGACCACAAAAAAAGAAAGAGAAUAUCGACUGGUAGGAAGUACAAAACCCGUAAGAAACAAUGGAAAGACAAUGGAAAUGGCUUACAAGGAAGCAAACCAACCGGGAUUCCCCUUCGCCGGUGGAAGUUUUUCGAAAGUUUUAACAAAAUGA